ACAGCCUGACUGCACUGGGAGGCUAGGGCACCCAACAGAGGGGAGGUACUGGUCACACGUGGAGGCCCUGCUCCUCUCUGGGAAGGACAGAAACAGAAGAGGAGGGAGCGGCUUGGGCAGGUUGGACCCUGAGAACCUGGUUGGAGAAGAAGCUGGAGCUGUCUGCCCUUCGAAGAGACCUGACAUGCCAAGGAAAUAUCUGAAGGUCAAGAUGGCUAAAGGUGAUCCCAAGAAACCAAAGGGCAAGAUGUCUGCUUAUGCCUUCUUUGUGCAGACAUGCAGGGAGGAACACAAGAAGAAAAACCCCGAGGUCCCUGUCAAUUUUGCCGAAUUUUCCAAGAAGUGCUCUGAGAGGUGGAAGACCAUGUCUGGGAAGGAGAAGUCUAAAUUUGAUGAAAUGGCCAAGGCAGAUAAGGUGCGCUAUGAUCGGGAAAUGAAGGAUUACGGGCCAGCUAAGGGAGGCAAGAAGAAGAAGGACCCUAAUGCCCCCAAGAGGCCACCGUCUGGAUUUUUCCUCUUCUGCUCAGAAUUCCGCCCCAAGAUCAAGUCUACCAACCCUGGCAUCUCCAUCGGAGACGUGGCCAAGAAGCUGGGUGAGAUGUGGAAUAACUUAAGUGACAGCGAGAAGCAGCCGUACAUCAAUAAGGCGGCGAAGCUGAAGGAGAAGUAUGAGAAGGAUGUCGCGGACUAUAAGUCCAAGGGGAAGUUCGACGGCGCCAAGGGGCCUGCCAAAGUCGCCCGGAAAAAGGUCGAAGAGGACGACGAGGAUGAGGACGACGACGACGACGACGAGGAGGAGGAGGAGGAGGAGGAUGAAUAAAGAAACUGUUGCUCUGUCUCCUUGUGAAUACCUUAGAGUAGGGAGCGCCGCGGUGGGCACGCCUCUUAGCCGAGCCGUGUCUCUUGCCCUCGUUAGGUUGAAUUACCCACUUGGCUCAUGAUCCUAGCGUAGUCUCAGAGUGCUCUAGAGCUUGUCAGUGGUUUACAUGAAGUGGCCAUGGGUGUCUGGAGCACCCAGAACCUGUAUCAAAGUUGUACAUAUUUCCAAACAUUUUUAAAACGAAAAGGCUCUCGUGUUCUCCUCACUCUGUGCACUUUGCUGUUGGUGUGACAAGGCAUUUAAAGAUGUUUCUGGCAUUUUUUUUUUUUUCUUUUAAUUUGUCAGGUGGUGUUCACUCUAUGGUUAUUGGCUAGAAUCCCGAGUUCUCAACUGUACAUACCUAUCGUUUGUAAAAAGAACAAAGCAACCGAGACACACUCUUGAUGCUCCUUGCUUGGCGCGGAGGCCGUGGGGGAGGUGCCUUUCCGAGGGGCCGUAGCUCAGGGCGUGCACUGAGGCUGGACCUGGGGACACUGCAGUGGGCAUCCAUUUAGCUUCAGGUUGUCUUGUUUUUGUAUAUAGUGACAUAGCAUCCUGCUGCCAUUCUUAGCUGUGGACAAGGGGGGGGGGUCAGCUGGCAUGAGAAGUGUUUUGGAUCUUUUUUUUUUUUUUUUUUUUUUUUUUUUAGUUGAAGUGCGGUUGUUUUGAACUGUUUGUUUUUUAAACAAACUGUAGAACUCUUCGUUGUCAGCAAAGAGCCACUGCAUCAAUGAAAGUUCAUGAACCUUCUGUACGAAACACAAUUUACCACGUUCUGUUUCUUUUUUCUUUCUUUUUUUUUUUUUUGUACGUUUAGAAUGCUGAAAUGUUUUGGAAGUUAAAUAAACAGUAUUACAUUUUUACAAUUGUUCUCUACGACAACAGUCUAAAUUUCUGACUCACAGCAGUCUGAGCAGUAAGACAAGCCACUCCCUUGAUUCGGUGACUCGCUUCCCAGCAAAUCCGCUAACUUCUCUUUGACUUAACUGUAGCCAGCUUGCUGAGAGAGGACGGAGAGGAAGAGGGCUACUCGAAGCUACUGUGUGAUUUUGUUUGUGUCUGAGAGGCAUUAAGAUGAAGUCUGAGCUGUUGAAUGGAGGAGUGAGGGCCCAGGCGAGGUUUAGCAGCCUUAGGAGGUGCAGGAAGGUGGGUGUUGAGGAUGGAACCUGACUACUGUGUGGGGGUCCCCCUGCCCCCGCCUACUGCAGGGCCAAAUACAUUGCCUAAAAGCAAAAGUUCCAGGCUUUUUUUUUUUUUCCCUUUCACCCCUGCUCCCUCCCCUCUGCCCCCACAUGUCAACAUUUGUUCUGCUCAAGGAUCUCUGUCUCUGGACCUCCAUGAGGGCUGCGUGGAGUGGGGAGCAGCAUCCUUUUUUCCCCCAACUUCAAGAAGCCAAACAGGGCAAGGAAGAUGACAGGGUUCCUGUGAAGGUGUCAUUGUGGGGCACCCGGCUUUCCUCCCUCCCUCGGUGCAUCCGUGCGUCCACCUGUGGUUUGACCUCAUGCACGGGGAGGAACGUAAGAUUUUUGCUAAAAUGCUCUUAAAACCGAAGAAGCUUGGUUUAUGCGGUUCGUUGCCGUUGCCCUUGGCAGAAGGGGUAGCGUUUUGUCUGGGUUGGGGGGCGGGGUGACGGCCGCAGUGGCAGGUGGUGAUAGGAAACACCAUUUGGAGGGCUCCCGCGGUGGAGCUGUUGCCACUAGGGGAAACUGUGUUGCCGGUGGGUGUUACUGUUGCCUGGUGUUGAUCUGUGUAAGUUUGAGCCUGUGGAAGACUCAGGAGUGUUGUAAUAACACGAAAGAGAAGUUUUCUCAAAAUUCACUAUUGAGAAGCUUGCAUGUCUUCGGGCACUGUCGCCACCCUGCCAGGGUCGUGGUCGCUGGCCGGGUCUCUGAUCAGUAUUCAUAGCCAUUCCUUCCCACGUCACAACUGUUUGUUCUCAAUGUGUUCUUCUAGUUCUAGAAAAUGACCACUCAUUUAAAACCCCUUGGUCCUGAGGUCUGCCCAAAGGCACUGGUUCCAGGAGUGCCCCUCCCCGUCUCAGCUGUGCCCUUGUCACUUCCCUCCAGCCGCUGGCAUCGUAGGCUGAAGCCUCUGCCGCCUGACACACAACUUGCCAGGCCAAGAAUCGGGCGCUGCGACCCACCUUGUCAUGCAGGAGGGAAGCUCAACUCCUGGUCAGGAAGGAGCGAUUUCUCGCCAUGUGGUGCCCCUCUAUCUGGCAGUAACUAGACCAGCCAAGUGCGGAAGGUCAAAGAUUUAGGAGGGAUCUUGGAUUAAGCAUUUAGUUGGAAAGAGACUCAACGCCACUGGGCCCAUUAGCUAGAGACGCUGAGGUUUUCCACCCAUGCCCCUUGCUCCUCUUAACGGUGUGAUGCCUUGUAGCUUCUCUGCGAUGGCUUUCGGCUGAGCCUGACUUCUGGGCCCACGGUGUGUGAUCCUGCAACGCCAACCUGUUUAUUAUUUUUUAAUCCAGAGGACAGUACCUGCCUUCUCCAAACACCUGUCUCCUAAGACCCUCACCCUGUUCUUGAAUGAUGCUUUUAUCCUUUGGAAAAGAACAAGGCUGUGAUGUAGCAACUAUUGUCUGUGUCUCCUGUGUGUCUCUUGUCACAAAUGUAUUUGGGGACGUUGGAUGCAUUCAUUUUCUGUAAUAAAGUUUCUUAAUCGGUCUUCCCAGAACGUCA